UCAGUGACAGUAAACAUGGCGAGCAGAAGACUGACUGUGUUCAUAUUCGGAGGCUUUGUAACUGCGGUAGCAGCGGCUUUUUAUCCGAUAUUUUUUCAUCCUCUUACUCACACAGAUGAUUACAAGCAAAUCCAGAAAGUUAACCGAGCUGGAAUCAACCAAGCAGAUGUUCAGCCUGUUGGUGUGAAGAUCUGGUCAGAUCCAUUUAAACCAAAAUCGUGAUGUGACUGAUGCUGGAAGCAGACAGGAGAGGAGAUUCAUAAGCAUGUGUUUUGGAUUUCAGGUGUUUGAUGCAGAUUAAAGACUCACAGAUUGGUCCAACCAAACACUCCUCUCACGAAUGAGUGACAGUGUGUGUGUGUGUGUGAGAGAGCGAGUGUGUUUCUGAUUUCAGCUUUUAUACAGGGCUCGAUGGUUGGCCUUUAAGCUGAAAGAGGAGUGUUGGAGCAGGGAAAUCUGGAUGUACCGACUGCCAUGACUUUAUUACUUUAUCCUAUAAAUAAAGUUUUAUAAGAA